AUGGGGGUGCAGUGGACGCCGCCGUUCCGCCGCGCCACGAUCCGGCCGGGCACGCUGCAGCUGUGCGCGGGGCACCGGUGCCUGGUGUUCCAGCUCGCGCACGCCGACGCCGCCGUCCCCGCCGCGCUCCGGCGGUUCCUGGCCGACGAGCGCGUCGUGUUCGUCGGCUACGGCGUGCGGUCCGACUGCCGCAAGCUGGAGGAACAGCACGGGCUGGAGGUGGCGCGCACGGUGGAGCUGCGGUCGCUGGCCGGCAUGGGGAACACGUCGAUGCAGCGCAUGGCGGAGGAGCACCUCGGGUGGGACGGGGUGACGACGAAGCCGAGGAAGGUCGGGACGAGCAGGUGGGACGCGCGCAGGCUGAGCAAGGAGCAGGUGCAGUACGCCUGCGUCGACGCCUACCUCUCCUUCCGCCUCGCCGUCCAUGUCGUCGCCGCGCCGGAGCCGGACGCGACGUCGUCUACCUCUUCUUCCGAGUAA